CUGAAAUUGAAGUGGCACACGCAAUUUCAGCGUAUGAGAAGGAAACAAUUUCCAAAUGUGUCAUUGAACACAUUGACAAAGCAUAUACCAAAGAAGGUCAAACCACAGUGUAUAAAGUACCACAACUGGUAAAAGUUUAUUAAAAAGAAAGUCAAUAUGGCAGAAGAAACCACAAAGGGAAUUUCCGAUGAGGAUUAUCGUCAGCUGUUGCAUGAUAUAUCAGAAUGGUAUGAUGGAAUUGGAUCCAUCAGUAUGCUGAAAGUACUGUACAGUGAUUUGACUGAUGUUAGUACACUAGAUAAAGCUAAUAAAAUGCGCGAGUUGCUGAACAACUUGCAUGCUUCUGGGAGUCUGAGUCCAACAGAUCUUAGUAUUCUGUAUGAUACCAUAAACAUAACUAAACAAUUUGGAUUCAAACCAAAGAAUGAGGAUCUGCUUCCACUUUUCCAAAAUGUUAAGAAUUUAACAGUAUCAAAAUUCACAUCGUACAGGCAAAAGCUGGUAAAACUAGGAAUGACAUUGAAUGAAGAGGAUGUAGCAACGCUGAAUGGUUCAUUUAACACACUACUCAAGAAAUAUGAAGACAGAUGGCAUUUGAUUAGGGAUCUAGAGCACAGAAGAGUAAUUUGUGAAGAAAACAUGAAAGCAUUUAUUGAAAGGUUGGAGAGACUCCAGCUCUUUUCAGCUGUGGAAGCUCUUUUAGAAGAUGAAGAACUCAAACCAACAGCAUCUAAAAGACAAAAGUUGAUGUUGAAAGGUGACCAAGAUGGUGAACUCAAACCGACAGCAUCUAAAAGACGAAAAUUGAUGUUGGAAGGCGACCAAGAUACCGUUAUCAAAAAUUAUCUACUCAAAAGACAAAAAAAUUUGUGCUGCCGUGUCAACCGGUUCACACCAGCUACUUUACGUACAUUAUACCAAGUAGAUAUUGCCAAUAUGUUUACUGAUCUGGAGCUACUGAAAAAAAAUAAGAAAGAAGGCGAGCCAGUAACAUUACAGGAGCUUUUAGAUGUUAUCAAAUCCACACCAGCAUGUAGAACUCUCAUAGAAGGUGAAGGUGGUAUUGGCAAAUCAACUCUUCUCAGGUACUUAGCUUACAAUUGGGCAAAUGAUUCAGAUAAAACAUUUGAAGGUAAAAUUGUGUUUCUGAUAAAUGUCAGAGAUAUUGGCAAAGGUGAGGAUAUUUUUAAUGUAAUUUUGAAACAAAGUAAUCUAAAUGAUUUUGAAAUGAAAACUUAUCUUCCGAAUGAUCCGAUGUUAAUAAAAAGAUUCAUAUUAAGACACGAUGAUGAGAUUGUAUUGUUGUUAGAUGGAUUGGACGAAUUAGAAGAUGGAAAUGUAUGUCCAAUAAGCCUUUUUAAAAAACAGGAAUUGGAAGACAGCAAUGUGAUACUUACAUCUCGAUCAGAAAACAUAAAUGAAUUUAUUAAAGUGAGCAGUGUUCAUGUGAAAGUAAAGGGGUUCGAUGCUAAGAACAUAAGAAAAUAUAUUAAGAAACACUUUGAUUACUUUGAAGGACCUGAACUAGGAGAUUCUCUUAUCAAAGAGUUGAACCUAUAUACGGAAUUCUAUAGAUUUAAACAUCUUGAAGUAAUUUUAAUGUGUAAGAAUCCAAUGUUACUACUCUCAGUAUGUACUAUGUGGGAAGACAAGCACAGUCUUCCAACUAAUAAAGCUGAUCUUUUUAAAGAGGUUUUUCGCAGCAUUUUGAAUCAGUUCAACAAACAAGAAGGCAAUACCCAAAAAAUCACUAAAUUCAGUGAUACUCCCAUUGAGUAUGUACAUGCAAUGCUUAUGUUAGGAAAGUGCAUGUAUAAAAGCUUAAAGAGAAACCAACUUUCGAUAAACAGUAGAGAUUUAGAAGGAAAAAAAGAAAUGGUUUUCCUGGCUUUAAAACUAGGAUUUGUCUACCUAGAUGAACCACAUUCAAAAACUGAUUUUGAACAAUGUUUUACAGCUCCUCACAAGUUGAUAGUAGAGUCAUUGGUAGGAUUUUACAUUUCAAAACUAUGUCAGACAGCAGGGUUAGAGAAUGAGUGUGCAGGGGACUUAAAACAUUUACUUACUCCAUUGGAUGAGGAUGAAUGGGAGAUUAUAAGAGAAAGUGAAUAUUUAGAAAUGGCAAGAACAUUUACAAUACAAUUCCUUGGUGCUAAUGUGGGAAAAUUUUUUAUUCACUGGUUGACAAAAGAUCUCUCAACAUAUCGCUCUCUAAUGAAGAAUUAUUUAAGAUCGUUGAAGGCAGAGCACCAGGUUUCUGUUGAAGAAGCACUAAUUGAUCACAUGACCAAGACACACUUAAAAAUACAACCACAUGUUAAUGGCAUAUGUAAAUCACUUAUGAGAUAUAUUCAUCAUAUUAAUCCAUCUUUAGAGGUAUUUGAAGAUGAGCAUUUUAUUAAACUUACGAGAAUAAUUUAUGGCAUGACGCUAAGGCUAUCAGUUACACCACCUCGUUUUAAAAGUUUAUGUAACAAAAUGUCAUCUGAAGAAAAAGGCAAAAUGCUCGCUCACAUACUGUUUCCUAUACGAGAUCAUAAUUAUAUGUUAGAAAAUAUUAUCCCUGAAGUGUGUGCUGAUGAUGAUAUUAAAUACCUAACAGCUGAAUAUAAGAAACUUGAUAUGCAUUAUGAUAUUAGACAUUAUCAAGUAUUUAAUAAAAGUUCAAUUACUACUAUAUUUUUAAUUCAUCUUUUGACCAAUUCACCAAAACUUAAAAAGUUGCACUUAAACUUUUGUAUUACAGGUGAUAUUAUGAAUGAUAUGAUCAGAGAGCUUUCAGGUAGAGAGAUCAAGUUAGCAUUAGAGACUCUUUAUAUCUAUGGUAAUAAUCUCAGUACAAUUAAUGGUGCUUCACUGGCUUCUUUAAUGUCAGUUACUCCACAACUGAAUGACCUUAAUUUGAGCAAUUGUAGUUUAACAGGAGAUAUUAUGAAUGAUAUGAUCAGAGAGCUUUCAAGUAGAGGGAUCAAGUUAGAAUUAAAGUCUCUUGAUAUCGAUGGUAAUAAUCUCAGUACAAUUAAUGGUGCUUCACUGGCUUUUUUAAUUACACAAAUACUACAUAGUCUUCACUUGAGCAAUUGUAGUUUAACAGGUGAUAUUAUGAAUGAUAUGAUCAGAGAGCUUUCAAGUAGAGGGAUCAAGUUAGGAUUAAGGUCUCUUGAUAUCGAUGGUAAUAAUCUCAGUACAAUUAAUGUUGCUUCACUGGCUUCUUUAAUUACACCAAUACUACAUAUGCUUCAAUUGAGUAACUGUAAUUUAACAGGUGAUAUUAUGAAUGAUAUGAUCAGAGAGCUUUCAAGUAGAGGGAUCAAGUUAGAAUUAGUGUCUCUUUAUAUCAAUGAUAAUAAUCUCAGUACAAUUAAUGGUGCUUCACUGGCUUUUUUAAUUACACAAAUACUACAUAGUCUUCACUUGAGCAAUUGUAGUUUAACAGGUGAUAUUAUGAAUGAUAUGAUCAGAGAGCUUUCAAGUAGAGGGAUCAAGUUAGGAUUAAAGUCUCUUGAUAUCGAUGGUAAUAAUCUCAGUACAAUUAAUGGUGCUUCACUGGCUUCUUUAAUUACACCAAUACUAUGUAGGCUUCACUUGAGUAACUGUAAUUUAACAGGUGAUAUUAUGAAUGAUAUGAUCAGAGAGCUUUCAGGUAGAGGGAUCAAGUUAGUAUUAUGGUAUCUUGAUAUCGAUGGUAAUAAUCUCAGUACAAUUAAUGUUGCUUCACUGGCUUCUUUAAUGUCAGUUACUCCACAACUGAUUGAGCUUCACUUGAGCAAUUGUAGUUUAACAGGUGAUAUUAUGAAUGAUAUGAUCAGAGAGCUUUCAAGUAGAGGGAUCAAGUUAGGAUUAAAGUCUCUUUAUAUCGAUGGUAAUAAUCUCAGUACAAUUAAUGGUGCUUCACUGGCUUCUUUAAUUACUCCAAUACUAGAUAGGCUUCACUUGAGUAACUGUAAUUUAACAGGUGAUAUUAUGAAUGAUAUGAUCAGAGAGCUUUCAAGUAGAGGGAUCAAGUUAGGAUUAGAGUCUCUUCAUAUCGAUGGUAAUAAUCUCAGUACAAUUAAUGUUGCUUCACUGGCUUCUUUAAUGUCAAUUUCUCCACUACUGAUUGAGCUUAAAUUAAGCAACUGUAGUUUAACAGGCGAUAUUAUGAAUGAUAUGAUCAGAGAACUUUCAAGUAGAGGGAUCAAGUUAGGAUUAGUUUCUUUAUAUUGA